AUUCAGAAGGCCUGGUGAGCUUCCAACCCCGACUGAACCAUCAGUCGAACCUCACUAAGGCGCUCGUAACGAUGUUACAUUGGCUCCUCCAAACCCCACUGCGGCAACGUGCCUCCAGGCAUUCGGGAGUUCGACAUCGUGGCUACAGUGCGGGGUAGGAAAGAUAUAUGAAGGGGCCCUUCAUACGGAGGUCCUUUUCAUCAGAAUCUCAAUCAGCAUCCUACCGACACCAUGACUGCCUCUGACACCCACACCAACGGCACCAACGGCGUCAACGGCCACGCCAAUGGCCAUUCCACCAACGGGUUGAAUGGUCAUGCCAGCAGCACUUCCAAUGGCCUGCAGCGCAAAGCAGAUGGAUCGAUAGAUCUGAAGGUGCUGGGCAUGAACAGCGGCACCGCCAUGGACGGAAUCGACUGCGCCCUGGUGCAUUACCGACAGGCAUCUCCCGAGGCCCCCCUCCAUAUGGACCUGUUGAAGUAUGAUGAGAUUCCGGUUCCGCAAUGGAUCAAGAAGCCCAUCCUCACCAUGCUCCGCGAGACAAAGACGACCCCGUCUCUGAUGUCGCAGCUCAACGUGCAGCUCGGCAAGAUGUUUGCCGAAGCGGUCCAGUCCUUCUGCGACAAGCACAGCAUCCCCAUUGACAGCAUCGACCUGAUUGGCUCCCACGGGCAGACCAUCUGGCUGCUCUCCAUGCCCAAACAAGGAGAAACCCAGUCGGCUUUCUGCUUGGGCGAGGGCACCGUCAUCUCUGCCCUCACCGGAAUCACGACAGUAACGGACUUCCGCAUGGCGGAGCAGGCAGUCGGUCGGCAAGGAGCUCCCCUCGUUGCGCUCAUCGACGGCCUCCUUCUCCGCAAUCCCGACAAGCUGCGCAUCUGCCAGAACAUUGGCGGCAUUGCCAACCUCUGCAUUAUCCCCCCAGACUCACAAGGCGGUGUGGACUCCAUGGUUGACUGGGACUGCGGUCCAGGCAACAUGUUCAUCGACGCCGCCAUGCGCCACUACACCAACGGCAAGAUGGAGUACGACAAGGACGGCCUGUGGGGAGCCCAAGGCACUGUGAACCAGGGCGUUGUCGACCGCUUCCUCGACGGCAACUGGUAUGUCAACCACCUGCCGCCCAAGACCACGGGCCGCGAGACAUUCGGCGACAACGAAGCGCAGCGGCUCAUCGACGAGUGCGAGGCCCUCGGCAUGACCAAGUACGACACCGUCGCCACCAUCACCCGCAUCACCGCCCAGAACAUCAUCCGCCAGUACCGCACCUUCAUCCCGCGCUUCCUGCCGGAUGUCCACAUCGACGAGAUCUUCAUGUGCGGCGGCGGUGCCAGGAACCCCAACAUCAUCGCGUACCUCAAGGAGCAGCUUCCCACCACUACGAUCCGCGCCCUCGACGAGACGGGUGUUCCAUCCGACGCAAAGGAGGCUGUCAGCUUCGCACAGCAGGCCCUCGAAGCGAUUCUCGGUCGUGCAGCCUUGGUCCCCAUAAACUCGGAUACCCUGACGCCAAACACCAUUUCUGGGAAAAUCGCACCGGGCCUGCGCUGGCGGGACGUCAUGCGUCAGGCAAUUGAGUUUGGCAAUGGCGGCCCGCUGCCGACGGUCAAGGAGAUGGUCGUCGAUAGGCCGUACACGGAAUGGAAGUCGAUGGCUGGAUCCGGCUUGUAAGGGCACUCGUUCUUGUCGCGUUGCAUUGUUUUUGUUGGCAUUUUGGUGUUGGGGAGUUUGGACAUGGGAUGAGCAUGCAUAUACGAGCGCUUCUCUGGGCUUCCAUGCGCCUUCUGCUGUUUGUCUCGGCAC